AUGAACGACCAAGAGACGUUAAGCGAGAAGGCAAAGACGCAGAGGAAGGAAGAGGCCAAACAACCCAGCAAGAAAAGGAGGUUAGAGAGCAUGGAAGACUGCGGCAGCCACAGGGCCAACACGGAGAUGGAAGGCGUUAAAGAGAUGAAGCAUCGCACCAACAACAAGGGAGACCAUAUGAAAGGCUGUGAGAGCAGCAAGAGCAGCACGAAGCUGUAUGAUGGCAAACAGGUUAAGCAACACAACAAGAAGAAGAGGAAGGCGGGAGACAUGGAGGACUAUGACACCCGUAAAAAGAGGAAGGUGGAUGGCGGUGAAGAGGAUAUGGAACACGGAGAGCAGGAGAAGAGGAAGGAUAGAAAAGAUAAGAAAACGAAGGCCACGGAGGGCGAGAAAAAGGCCAAGAAGAGAAAGACGCAGGAUAUUGAAGACCACGAGAGCCAGCCCAAGAAGAGCAAGAUGCAGGGUACAGAAGAGGACGAGAGCCUGCCCAAGAAGAGGAAGACGCGGGAUACAGAAGAGGACGAAAGCCAGCCCAAGAAGAGCAAGACGCAGGACAAGAAAGAGCACGAGAGCCAGCCCAGGAAGAGGAAGACGCGGGAUGCAGAAGAGGACGAGAGCCAGCCCAAGAAGAGGAAGACGCGGGAUACAGAAAAGGACGAGAGCCAGCCCUAG